GGGACAAGGAGAGGUAGUUCAAGAGGCGAGCAUUAAUUCAGCUUCACCAGUGUUGAGUGACGUAACAAGAGCCCGUCAUAUUUUAGAAAGGAGCGGCUCAGUUGAGGAAAGAACCCUUAGCCCGGGGCGGGUCCGUUUUCUCCUGACUGGUAGCCUUGGGUUCCUGAGUCCAGCAGACAGGUGGGAGUCCCAAACCAGUUUCUGCAAACAGAUGGCCAUAAUGGUAACAUGAUGUCCUAAUCUUACUUGUUGCUAAACUGAAAACAGUCCCAACCUAGUAAUUCCCAAUGAUAGGCAUUCCCACUAAUUUGCUUUCUUAUUCAAAUUUGGCAAAUAUGUAUUUACAUCUCUUCUGUAGUUAAUUAAAAGCUGAUAAAUUUAUUGCACUCUGAAAGGUUAUCUUGUGUGGUAUUCCUUAGGAGUAUGAAUUGUUUUAUCAUUCAGUGUAGUCAAUCAGCAUUAAAUAUGAUAAAGCUUCACGUUUUGUUUUUGUGUACCCAGCUGUAAAGUCUUCCCCAAGGAGACAAACCAACAUAUAACUAUGAGCUGAUCUCUUUUCCCAUUUUCUUAAAUGUGAUUUCCAUCAAGAGAUCUUCUAUGAUUAAAACCAGAGGAAGUGGAGAAUGUAACUACUUGGUUAAUUAUUUAAUGCAUUAAUUAAAGGAAAAUAUGGAGUGCAUUCUUUGUGUUUGGCGCUGGGGUGGAAGCUAGAUAUGAAAACGAAUGUGACAACCCUUCUAUGGGAGGCAGAUGAAACAAAUUAACUUCAAUACAGUUUUAUAACUAACAAUUGAAGAAUCUAAAAUGGGGUAACACAAAGUUGGAAAUGAUUAAAUUGGGGGAAGGGAGACAGGAAAGAGUUGGGUUUUUCAACCUGUUUUAAAAUAUAAAUGUGAGUUUUCUACAAGUGGUGGGAAGAAAUAGGAAGUAGAGAGCACUUCUGGCAGAAUACAAACGGGGUCCCAAAGAAAAAAAGUCUGGCCAUAAGAAAAAAAAAAUCUCCAAAGCUGAGCGACUGAAGCAGCUACAAGAGGAGGAGGAGAAGAAACGACUAAAAGAGGAAGGAUCUACAAAGGAGAACUGAAGAACUUGCAGAACUGAAUUUAUUAGAGGGGUGUUUUCUGGAAGCAGAGAAGUUGAAACGAGAUACUAGAUCACUUGCUCACUGGAAACACUAUAUUCAAUGUGAUGGGAGUCCUGAUCCUUCAAUAGCCCAAGAAAUAAAUACUUUCAUUAGCUUGUGGAAAGAGGAAACAAAUCAGACUUUUAUGGAGGUGGUUGAGAAAAGUAAAUUAGUUCUACGUCUAAUUGAAAAGUUGAAAUUGAUUUUAAUGGAAACUCCACCAUUUGAUUUGCAAGAACAAAAUGUAAUACAAUACCAAGGAUCAAUUCUACAACUUCAGGAGCUCCUUCAUCUUAAGUUUAACAAAGCCACAGAAAUACUUCUCAGACAAGCUAGUACUUUAGCAGAUUUGGACAGUGGGAAUAUGGAAAAAGUAAUUCAAGAUGAAAAUGUUACUCUGUAUGUGUGGGCAAACCUGAAGAAGAAUCCAAGGUACAAAAGUAUCAAAUUCGCUGGAACACAAAUUGGAUUUGAAAUUCCAAAGAUAUUGGCAACAAGUGACAUUGCUCUCCGACUCCUGCAUACUCACUAUGAUCAUGUUUCUCCACUGAAGCUUGUUCGAACAGAACAAGAAAACAAUUUUCUAAUGACUGAGACUGUCACAGAUGAAGGAACUAAGACUACAGAAGUCAAGACUACAGAAGUCAAGACUACAGAAGAACCAGUCAGCCAAGAGGACCAGGAGGAGUGUAAACCACAAGAAAGUGGCUCUCUCAUAAAUUCCGAGGAUGAAAUAAAAGUUGAAGAUCAAGAUGUUACUGAAGCACAAAGGACUUCUGACAAGAAAGACUCUGAAGCUGAAAAAGGUGAACUGGAGAUGAGAUUAUUAAGUGAAUCGAUUUCAGCAGCACAGUUAUACCUGAUAGAGAAUACUACUGAAAAGCCAUUUAUCUAUGAAGACAAUGAGGUGGAUUUAUGCCAAUUCACAACUCUAGGUGGAGUGUACCACUUGGAUAUUUUGGAGCUUCCCCCACAGUAUAAGCCAGUGAAGGGCUGGAUGAUUGUGCAAAUACUCCAAGAAGGAUUACAGAAAUUCACAUAUCCUCCAGAAACCAUGGAAGACUUUGAUACAGAAAAUGCUUUUCCGCCUAUAGAGGUCACGCUCAAGGUUCAUGAGAAUGUGAUCUUUUUCGAGGAUCCUAAGGUUGUAAGGUGGGAUGCUGAAGGUAAACGUUGGAGAACUGAUGGCAUCAGUAAUGUAUCUUACGAUGCAGAAGCAAGACUUAUAUCAUUCAGCCUGGAAACUUUUGGUCCUCUUACCUUGAUUCAAGACUCUCAUGUUAACAUGCCAUUCCUGUCAUGGGAAUUAAAACCACUUGAAAUUAAUAAUGUACUUUUAAUUGUGACUACACUAUUUACUGAGAUUCAGAUACAAAUUAAGGAAAACCUCUGCAAGUUAAUUUCAAUCAAAAUAAAAGACAAAGAACAUGUUUCUAAUUUGGAAGGAAAAUGGAUGAGUCCUAUAUCUUUCAUUUUUGCUCUGAAAGAAGCUGGAUUGAAUAUCUUCCCAUCGGGACACUCUCAUUUUUAUGUUGUUACAAACAAUAAGAAUCCAUCAGUAGAAAUGAGAGCUUAUCGACAAAUGGCCCUGCUAAGUUCUGCUUUUGCAUUUGGAUGGAGCAAGUGGAAUAUAGUAUGUAAUACUACAAAAGUUAUAUUUAAGGCAAGGGAACAACCAACUGAAGAGCUUAUUGAGAAUCCUAAGUGGGUCCUUUUAAUGUUUAGUGGUGACAGAGCACAAAGACUCAAGAUGGAUGAAAACAGUGAUUCAUACUCAGAAGCACUUAAAGAAGGAACUGAGUUUCAUUCCACUCUAUAUCACAUGUUGAAGGAUGUUGCUUCCAGGGAAGCAAUGGAGAAAAUCAAUAAUUCCAACUGCCUAUUUAUUGACUCUGUUUGUCAUAUGCUACUCUCUAUUAGAUUUCUCAGCUAUUCUUAAAUCUCUACUUGCAAACUAUUCAAUGUGAAGAAUCAAACAUGUUUGGGGAAAACAAUCAGGUAUUUUUCAAAGUGAAUAAUUUUAAAACAGGCUAUUAAAAUUAUUGAAUAGUA